AUUACUGUGUUUUUUCUGAGAAUCAUCUGUUCAUGUCCUUCCCCAUUUUCUCCUUUGGCUUUUGGACUUUUUGUUUUCAAGUUUUGAGAGCUCUUGCGAUACAAGUUGCAAAGAUUUUCUCCAGACUGAUGUGAUUCACUGGGAACAUACUAUGACCAUCCGGAGUGUACUUCAACAAGACACUCCUUCGGGGAUGAACAGGUUUGAGAAAGCCGGCUACGGACAGACCAAUCAAAAGAAUUACGUGCUCCUCUAGUAAGUGUUCAGAGACUGCUUCACGUUCUCCAGGUAACACCGCCCUUACUCGGCGGUCCAGAUGGCGGCCUUGCUUCAGGGAGUCUAGUCCACCUGCAGGACCUCUUUGAUUGGGUUCACUAAACCUCACAGGGCCGCCUUCCCCUCGUUCGAGUUAGCAAGGGGCCCUCAGCGCCGCGGACACAGCGCAACCUCCCACGCCAGAGAACAAUAGCUCCUCGAUGCGUCUCCAGAGAUGUCAAGGAGGAACGAACCCAGCGGCCAGGAGGCCGCGCCUCACGACUGAAGAGAGGGAGGAUAUCGGAUUCUAAGUUCUCAAAACUUACAGGUGAGCUUCUGCUAAGAAUAAAGGCCCGCGGCCCGCCGCCGACCGCUUCUCUCCUGGGGUGCUACCUGGUUCUCCGGAACGCGGAAGCAUCACGGAUGAGCGUAGCGAACACAAAGCGGCCAAUCACGCGCCGCCUUCGCCCAGAUCCCUCCGCACGAGGCCGCCCCGCAGCCGCAGGUGGCCCCGGCGAGUACGUCCACCUUCUCUUCCCGUGAUGCCCCGGGGCUGACCUACGACCUCGCUGGCCCGCCCUUCCCUUCGGCCGCUUCCCUUACCGCGCUAGCUGAGCUCCGGCGCCCGCGGAGCUCGCGCCAGGCUCCUGGGAAAGGACGGGGCGUGUUACCGGGGAGCAGCUGCUCCACUGCGCCUCGAGGCCCCGAUCGGGCUAGGCUGGCGGCCUCCCUCCCUUCACCUUUCCUCUCCUAGCAGGGCCCGGCGGAGGGCGAGUGACUGCGGCCACGCCUGAAAGGCGACUCUUCUGAUUCAAGAUGACCAACGAAGAACCUCUUCCCAAGAAGGUUCGACUGAGUGAAACAGACUUCAAAGUUAUGGCAAGAGAUGAGUUAAUUCUAAGAUGGAAACAAUAUGAAGCAUAUGUACAAGCUUUGGAGGGCAAGUACACAGAUCUUAACUCUAAUGAUGUAACUGGCCUAAGAGAGUCUGAAGAAAAACUAAAGCAACAACAGCAAGAGUCUGCACGCAGGGAAAACAUCCUUGUAAUGCGACUAGCAACCAAGGAACAAGAGAUGCAAGAGUGUACUACUCAAAUCCAGUACCUCAAGCAAGUCCAGCAGCCGAGCGUUGCCCAACUGAGAUCAACAAUGGUAGACCCAGCGAUCAACUUGUUUUUCCUAAAAAUGAAAGGUGAACUGGAACAGACUAAAGACAAACUGGAACAAGCCCAAAAUGAACUGAGUGCCUGGAAGUUUACGCCUGAUAGCCAAACAGGGAAAAAGUUAAUGGCGAAAUGUCGAAUGCUUAUCCAGGAGAAUCAAGAGCUUGGAAGGCAGCUGUCCCAGGGACGUAUUGCACAACUUGAAGCAGAGUUGGCUUUACAGAAGAAAUAUAGUGAGGAGCUUAAAAGCAGUCAGGAUGAACUGAAUGACUUCAUCAUCCAGCUUGAUGAAGAAGUAGAGGGUAUGCAGAGUACCAUUCUCGUUCUGCAGCAGCAGCUGAAGGAGACACGCCAGCAGUUGGCUCAGUACCAGCAGCAGCAGUCUCAGGCCUCUGCCCCAAGUACCAGCAGGACUACAGCUUCUGAACCUGUAGAACAGCUGGAGGCCACAAGUAAAGACUGCAGUCGUCUGACAAACGGACCAAGUAAUGGUAGCUCCUCCCGCCAGAGGACGUCUGGGUCUGGAUUUCACAGGGAGGGCAACACAACCGAAGAUGACUUUCCUUCUUCUCCAGGGAAUGGUAAUAAUAAGUCCUCCAACAGCUCAGAGGAGAGAACUGGCAGAGGAGGUAGUGGUUACGUAAAUCAACUCAGUGCGGGGUAUGAAAGUGUAGACUCUCCCACGGGCAGUGAAAACUCUCUCACACACCAAUCAAAUGACACAGACUCCAAUCAUGACCCUCAAGAGGAGAAAGCAGUGAGUGGGAAAGGUAACCGAACUGUGGGUUCCCGCCACGUUCAGAAUGGCUUGGACUCAAGUGUAAAUGUACAGGGUUCAGUUUUGUAAUAUUUUUUCAGCAAAUUUUUAUACAGUGUCAUUUAAUUUGGGAGAGGAUACUGUCCAGAAAAUUAUUGCAAACUUUUGUCACAAUUUGCCUUUUUGUGGGUGUACGUUUUGGUUUUUUGUUGUUGUUUUCUCUUUGUUUUUUCUUUCUUUUUUUUUUUUUUUGCUUCAAUACCUCUGCCACUUUGGAAAUUGUAACAGUUAAUUACCUUGAAUGUUGCUAAAAGAACAUUUUGUGUAGGGUCAAGUUAUUUUUAUAUGAGUUAAUGUGAAAUUGUAAAUGGAAAUUUUUCCUUAAAAUAUAACACAAUGACGUCUGUAUAAAUCUAUGUCUGUUUAGAACCUGUGCUGUGUAAGGGCAUUCUUACUCAUGCUGUUACUGUACUUAUGCACCAUUCAGACUUGUUAGAGUAGAUGUGGGUUUAUGACUGCCAAGUUUGCCCAGUACAGUAGUUUUUUAUCACUAAAAGUUGGACUCAUUGAUGGAGUCCUGUAGUAGUUUCAGUGUUAGAUACAGUUUUUUCCACCAUACAUCUGUGCAUUUUCUCUUUAGGUGACUGAAUGUUUAAGAAAUUUGUGUGCAUAGUUACUCAGUUUUUAUGAACUGUUGUAUCCUGUUAAUGCAUAUUGCUCUGUGACUCCAGUAUAUCUUACCUGUACUGACCAAACCUAAAUAAAGAUUUUUAUUGUAACUCCUUAA